AUGACAUGUUGUUUAUUCGGAUAAUAACGCAUCGAAACGGUGCGAUGUAUGUAAUAUGAACGGUCAACGUCAUUGCACUGACAAACGCGGUCCUAAAGCGAAAACAAUUAUCGAGGAAUGUCAGCGUACACGGUGUAUGCGCUUUUUGCGGUGGCGGUGGCUGUAGUAAACGUGACGGCGAUCUAUCAACCGGAUGAGGUCGGUCCCAAAGGAAAGUUCGAUCAAGCCGUUAAGGAUAUGAUGGACCACGACGAGAACAUGACCCAGGACGUAGCGGAGAUGUUGGUCGCGGCCAAUUCACUGGGCGAUACGCAGGCAAAAGACGACAAAUUGGAUCCGGUGGCAGUGGCUUUACAGACCCACAGGCUCAACAGGGCGCUGAAGACCAUGGACGAAGUGCAGAGGACCGCGGCCGACUUGUACGACCAGUGUUACGACGAAUUCUUGGACCUGUUUCCUGCUUGGCGCAUGUACAUGUUUAGCAACGAUCCUAAGCACAAAAACAAACUGUUCAAUAGCUAUUGUUCGAUUUUGACCCGAUACAAUAUAAAACAAGAGGAACUCUUACAGAACUUAGGUGUACUGGUGGCCCUCGAGAAGACACUGCUUCCCUCCAACGUAUACCCCGACCCCGACCGCCGAAUUGAACCAUCAUCCGACACGGCCGCGGUGCUCGAAAACUUUUGACCCGGUUUUGUUGUUUUGUUCUAUAUUUUUUAUUUUAUGUAUAUUUCUCGGUAUAUUCAAUUAAUAAUUACUGCAUUACUUUCGUUUUGAUCGAUGUACUUACGCCAAUUUAAGCGACAUUGUUAUGAUGUUAUAUGUACACCCGCCAGUUAUGCGUAAACCGAUAUUGUAACAUUAUAUUAUAUAUUUAUAUAAAUUGAGCGUAACAUAAUAUGCAUUGCCGGUACUUUUAUAAUAUUAUAUUUAUACUUA